UGAAAUAGGAUUGGAAGAGGGUAGUAGUUUUCCGUUACCAGAGUCGUUAUUUGAUUAGCGCGUAGUUCAAGCGGGUGGUUCAAAUCAAUAAUCAAUCGCCACCUAUCAACUUGGACAGCCCUAUUUACUGCGUACACCACAAAUUUAAUGUCUCUCUCUCUCCUCUCUCCUUGAGUCUCGACGGUCAACCAGUACAAAACUCAACAAAUUUACAACAUACGACAACGACAAAACCAGGGAAACAGGAGGGUAACGUGAAGAGGACCAGAAUCAACGGCAUGUACACGUCACCGUCCGGCGGUACCCUCGGUAAGCCCACGGCGGUGAUGCGGGCUCUUAACUUCUACCUCUCGGAGCACCCCGUUAUCGUGAGUUUCCGAUGGAGUCACGCUCUAUGGGGCUCAACCUGGUCCUUCCUCUUCUACUCUAUCUCGCUCUACGUCGUUCUUUCCAUUUUUCUCCACCUAAUAUUAGUGGUUCUUCUUCGCCGGGGCCAACGCGUUCCACUUGGGCCGUUACCGGCGCUUCAUAGCCUCUCAAUGUCCCUCAUGUCAGCAACCAUCUUCGCCGGCCUUCUGCUCUCGGCCACGUCGGAGAUCAGAGAGACGCGGUGGCUCUGGCGGCGUUCCAAGACCCCUCUCGAGUGGCUACUCUGUUUCCCCCUCGGGACGCGCCCCUCCGGCCGCGUUUUCUUCUGGUCCUACGUUUUCUACCUGUCGCGUUACGUGCACAUGUUGAGCACCGUUUCGGUCGUUCUACAACGCCGUAAGCUGGUUUUCUUCAAGCUGUUUUAUCACGCGAUUUCCACGUUCAUGUCGUUCCUGUGGUUGGAGUUCUCGCAGUCGUUUCAAGUUCUCGCGAUCCUUUUCACCACGCUGGCGUUUUUCGUCAUUUACGGGUACCGGUUCUGGACCUCCGUGGCGGCGACGGGCGCACGUUUGCCGCUGGUGCUGAACUGCCAGAUUUUGCUGCUUGGGUGCAACUUGGUGUGCCACGUUGGGGUGCUUUUGCUGCAUUUCUUCACAGGGGGGUGUAACGGGAUUGGCGCGUGGGUCUUGAAUUCUGUGCUGAACGGUGCUAUUCUGAUGCUGUUUAUGAGAGUGUAUUUAGGAAGGAAGAGGAAACCUAAUAAGAAUAUGGGUGAUUACGAAUGUGAUGAGAAUAAAAUCGCUCGUUCCUGCUCUGUUUUUUGCGCUGGAAAGGAAGCAGAUAGCAAUAAAUUGAAGUCCAGUUAAAAUCACAGAUCGAAGAUUCAUUCAUUGCUUUAGAAAGGAGGUUCAGCAGUUGAUGCCAUUGAAUUUUCAAUUCGUAAGUGAAGAUCAAACCCUGUAAUUAAAUGUCUUUACUUGUGAUGUGGAUGCUAUGUAUAAUCUUAGAGGAGGG